UGGGCUAGUGGGCGGGGCCGGCGGGUACUCCGCAGCUGUCAGUGACACCAGGUGCCGGCUGGCCGUCUGGACCCCCCAGAGACCAAGCCAUGGUACGUGCGGGAGCUGUGGGGACGCAUCUCCCCGCGUCCAGCUUGGACAUCUUCGGGGACCUGAGGAAGAUGAACAAGCGCCAGCUCUACUACCAGGUUUUAAACUUUGCCAUGAUCGUGUCUUCUGCACUCAUGAUAUGGAAAGGAUUGAUCGUCCUCACAGGCAGUGAGAGCCCAAUUGUGGUGGUGCUGAGUGGAAGUAUGGAGCCAGCCUUUCACAGGGGAGACCUGCUGUUUCUCACAAAUUUCCGGGAAGACCCCAUUAGAGCUGGUGAAAUAGUUGUUUUUAAAGUUGAAGGACGGGAUAUCCCAAUAGUUCACAGAGUGAUCAAGGUUCAUGAAAAAGAUAAUGGAGACAUUAAGUUCCUGACUAAAGGAGAUAAUAAUGAGGUUGAUGAUAGAGGCUUGUACAAAGAAGGCCAGAACUGGUUGGAAAAGAAGGACGUGGUGGGAAGAGCACGAGGGUUUUUACCAUAUGUCGGCAUGGUCACCAUAAUAAUGAAUGACUAUCCAAAAUUCAAGUAUGCUCUUUUGGCUGUGAUGGGUGCAUAUGUGUUACUAAAACGUGAAUCCUAACCUGAGAAGCAGUUCCUGGGACCAGACUGAAAUGAAUUCUGUUGAAAAAGAGAAAAACUAAUAUAUUUGAAAUGUUCCAUUUCUGUAUAAAAGGAAACCAUGUGGAGACGUUUUUGUCUUGUCCAAAUAAAUGAUUCAUCAGUAAAGAUGG